AUGGGGCUAGAGGACACACCCCAAUGCAGAAUGUAUGAACAGGAAGAUGAAACUGCCAGGCAUGUCUUAUGCGAAUGUGGAAAAAGUCCAGUUUACCUCGACGACUCUGCCGACAUAGAAAAAUCAGCCAGACGAAUACUAUGGGGCAAACUAUUAAACAGUGGUCAAACAUGCAUAUCACCGGAUUACAUCCUAUGUACCAAAUCGACCCAAGAAAAAUUCCUCCAAGAAGCCAAAAAAACUUUGACAGAAUUCUACGGUCCCGACCCAAAAUCGAGUCCAUAUUUGAGCAAAAUUGUUACAGAGCGACACUUCAACCGCUUGACAGGGUUCAUUAAGUCAGAAAAUGUAGCGAUUGGAGGAAAGUACGAUAAUCUGGAACGAAUUAUAUCUCCUACAAUCCUCAUCAAUGUUCAUCCGGAUGACCCUGUGUUACAGGAAGAAAUAUUCGGCCCCAUUUUACCGAUCGUCAACGUAAAGAAUGUUGAGGAAGCCAUUCAGUUCAUCAAUGGAAGAGAUAAACCACUAGCGUUGUAUAUAUUUGCGAAAGAUAGAAAUGUACGAAAUGCUCUUCUCACCAGGACAUCCUCAGGCGGAGUCGCCGUAAAUGAUACGGCCACUCAUUUGUCCACAGAGAAUUUACCAUUCGGUGGUGUUGGUUUUAGCGGUAUGGGCAACUAUCAUGGUAAAUAUGGGUUUGAUACGUUUUCUCACAAGAAAGGAGUGCUGGUCAAGGAUUUCGCGGGAUACACUGAAAUGGCUCUAUCUCUGCGUUAUCCACCCUAUAGUAGAACUAAAACUGAUAUGAUGUACACAGUUCUGAAAAAAAGAAGAGGCAUCUCUUUUGGAUAUCUGAAGAAUAUCUUCAUAUUUUCACUGGGAGUUGCUGUUGCGUAUGGUUUUCAAUAUUUUUGGCAUAAAAUGGACGAAAGCAAUGACUGAAACCAUGUUUCAGAAAAAACAUCACCUACGUGGCAUGAAUCUCUACUGAAAGUAGGCUUUCAAGCCUCAGAAAAACUUUGUUGGUUGAAGAUUGUUAAUAUUAUUAUCGAAUUCUUCAUUUUAUUUGAAGUUAAAAUGUAAUUGCUAUUUUACAUACCAUCGUGUAGUGUUU